CUCAGCACAAGCCACCUUUGUACGCAGACACGUGUGAGUUUUCGCCUGUGCAAUGAGAGGAAUGACAGUGUGGAGAGCUCAAUGCUUGAGUCUGCUGGCGCUCCUGAUCCUGAUCUCUCCGCAGGGAAAUGCCCACCCGCAGUGCCUGGACUACAAGCCUCCAUUCCAGCCUCCCGAGCCCCUGCUCUUCUGCAAGGAGUACGCCAAAUUUGGAUGCUGUGACUUAGACAGGGAUAACCAAAUCUCCCAGCGCUUCUACCAGAUCAUGGAUUACUUCGAUCAUUCGGGAUUCAUGGCCUGUGGGAAGUACAUCCGCAGUAUUCUUUGCCAGGAAUGCUCCCCUUAUGCGGCACAUCUGUACGAUGCAGAAGACGCCAACACCCCGAUGCGGGAGCUUCCCGGACUCUGUGGAAACUACUGUGGGGAUUACUGGCUCCACUGUCGGUACACUCUCAGCCUUCUGACCAACUACAAUGAAACCUCUGCUAUUGAAGAAGACCGAAGCAAGUUCUGCAAAUACCUUGAGCUGAAAGAUCCAGAGUACUGUUACCCAAACGUCCUCUCUGACGACAAGCUCAACGCCAACCUGGGAGAUGUGAAGGCGGAUCCGCAAGGCUGCAUACAGCUGUGCCUGGAAGAGGUUGCGAAUGGUCUUCGCAAUCCUGUUGCGAUGGUACAUGCGAAUGACGGCACUCACCGCUUCUUUGUCGCCGAGCAGCUGGGUUACGUGUGGGUUUACUUGCCGAAUGGUUCUAGAAUUGACAGGCCGUUCCUGAAUCUGACCAGGGCGGUUCUAACAUCACCUUGGGCAGGAGAUGAGCGAGGGUUCCUCUGCAUUGCCCUGCAUCCUCAAUUCACGAAGGUGAAAAAGGCCUACGUCUACUACUCUGUGUCUGUGAAGAAGCAGGAGAAGAUUCGCGUCAGUGAGUUCGUCGUGUCCGAUUCAGAUAUGAAUAUGCUGGAUCACUCCUCGGAAAGGACACUUCUAGAGGUUGAUGAGCCUGCAUCAAACCACAAUGGAGGUCAGCUGCUGUUUGGGCUGGAUGGCUAUCUGUACAUAUUCAUAGGAGAUGGUGGCAAAGCAGGAGACCCUUUCGGGAAGUUUGGGAAUUCUCAAAACAAGUCCACUCUUCUAGGCAAAGCCCUGCGAAUCGACGUAGACAACAACGAUCAUGGCGCCCCCUACAGUAUCCCAUCAGACAAUCCUUUUGUAGGAGAGAGCGACUCGAGGCCAGAGAUCUACGCCUACGGUGUGAGAAACAUGUGGAGAUGUUCAGUCGACAGGGGCGAUCCAGUCAGCGGCCAGGGCCGAGGCAGAAUGUUCUGCGGGGAUGUUGGGCAGAAUAAAUAUGAGGAAGUGGAUCUGAUCGAAAAUGGAGGGAACUAUGGAUGGAGGGCAAAAGAAGGCUUCUCCUGUUACGACAACAAACUGUGCUCCAACUCGUCACUCAACGAUAUCCUUCCGAUAUUUGCUUACCCACAUAAAAUCGGCAAGUCUGUAACUGGCGGCUACAUCUACAGAGGCUGCCAGAUGCCCAAUCUGAAUGGUCUGUAUAUCUUUGGGGAUUUUAUGAGUGGGCGCCUGAUGUCCCUAAAGGAAAACACUGAGACGGGAAAAUGGAACUAUAAGGAGAUUUGUAUGGGCGCUGACAAAACGUGCAGUUUCCCUAAACUUAUAAACAGCUACUACAAGUAUAUCAUAUCAUUUGGCGAAGAUGAGGCAGGUGAGCUGUACUUCCUUGCGACGGGAGCGGCGAGUGCCACAGCCAGAGCCGGAGUGGUGUAUAAAAUAGUGGAUCCCUCGAGGAGGGCUCCUCCUGGCAAAUGCAGCUUUAAGCCCACUCCAGUCAACAUCAAGGGAAAACUGAUUCAUUUCAGUCCUAAAGAAGAGUUUGUGAUUAACAAAAAACCCUCAACGACUGCCAUUCCCAAACCAAAACCGACCAAACCCAGUCCAACCCCACGAUCGCGAGCACCACAAACGCCAACUCGCAGGACGCCUCCAGCGACCACAGUCCGCCACUCUACGCCUCGUCCACGUGCUCUCCACACGACCCCUCGGCCACUGACCCCCGACAGGCCCUUGUACUGGACCCCGGCACCAAAACCCAAAACCCCCGCCAGGCCCUCGUACUGGACCCCGGCACCAAAACCCAAAACCCCCUCCAGGCCCUCGUACUGGACCCCGGCACCAAAACCCAAAACCCCCGCCAGGCCCUCGUACUGGACCCCGGCACCAAAACCCAAACCCACCGCCCGGCCCUCGUACUGGACCCUGGCACCCAAACCCAACACCCCCGCCAGGCCCUCGUACUGGACCCCGGCACCAAAACCCAAACCCACCGCCCGGCCCUCGUACUGGACCCCGGCACCCAAACCCACACCCACCUCAAAGACCCAAACAGGCAGACCUGGGAAACGAGGUCGAGGGAAACCCAGGAGGAAAGGAGACCGCAGGGGUCGGCCCCGCUCCGGGACAGUGAGGCUGGUCAGCGCCGACGGGUGGAAGGACCGCGGCCGGGUCGAGAUCUUCGUGCGCGGCGAAUGGGGAACGGUGUGCGACGACAUGUUUAACACGCAGGCCGCGGCGGUCGUCUGCCGGCAGCUGGGAUUCCCCGUGGUCGAACGCGUGGCGAAGAGAGCAGAGCUCGGACCGGGAGCCAGCGAAGUCAGGAUCCUGCUGGACGACGUCGAGUGUGAAGGAACGGAACGGACUCUGUUACACUGCAAACACGCCAAACUGGGCAAAAACAACUGUUCUCAUGACGAGGAUGUUGGGGUGGUGUGUGGCCAUUAUGAACAUGCAGUGGAGUGAAAGACAAUGAUGCCACAGAUCAAAAAUACAACUGUUUACAGAGAAACUGUCCAUUUGACAGAAAAAAAAAAAAAAUAAUAUCAUUUAAAAUGACCUAUAAAAUUAUGA